AUGGAAUAUGACGAAGCGCUUGAUGCGCAGACACCCAUUAUUGAAAACAUGGUUGUGGGUGUGCCGCCUGUGUUUGAGGGUCUGACGAGGCAGUUGGACAAGAUAGUGGAGCAACCGCUUCUUGGUCCCCGGAGCGACUUUCCUAAAGCUUCAUUUGCGUAUGCGAAGAAAGAUGUCUCCGGGAAGAGGAGACCGCAGGCUAUUGCCCACCGAGGGUACAAGGCGAAGUUUCCUGAGAACACGAUGGGGGCGUUCAAGGGCGCUGUAGGUGUGGGUGCAGAUGCGCUCGAGACGGAUAUACACCUCUCGAAAGACGGUGUCGUUGUUUUGUCGCAUGAUAAAGAUUUGAAACGUUGCUUUGGGCGAGAUGAGAAGCUCAUCGACUGCGACUACGAGUUUCUGAGCAAGCUGAGAACGCUGAAAGAACCUCAUGAGCCCAUGCCCCGCCUCGCCGACCUUCUCGAGUAUCUUGCACAACCCGGAUUGGAAGACAUCUGGGUACUGUUGGAUAUCAAGCUCGACAACAACGCAGAGGACGUAAUGCGACUGAUCGGUGACACAAUCCGCAGUGUUGCUCCUUCUCCCUCACGACCUUGGAACACCAAGAUCGUCCUUGGAAUAUGGGCCGCCAAAUACCUUCCGCUAUGCUCACGAUAUCUUCCCGGCUUUUCCGUGUCACACAUUGGCUUCUCGACGCUGGUCGCAUCUUACUUCUUCACAGUGCCAAAUGUGUCUUUCAACAUGGCGCAAGUGGUUCUGAUGACGCCAUGGGGCAAGGCUUUCAUCCGCAAAGCUCAGUGCGAUGGACGGCCGGUAUACGCGUGGACGGUGAACGAGGAGUCGAGGAUGCGAUGGGACACUCGGCAGGGCCUAGAUGGCGUCAUAACGGACGACCCGAAGCUCUACCUCGAGGUUCGGAAAGGUUGGCACGAGGGCACGAAGGAUGGCUUGCGCGUGAAGGACGGGCUGGAUGUAUUGAGGAUCAACUUCUUCGCUCUCAUAUAUACCGUCAUGUUCUGGAUAUAUUACGGCGUGGGUGAGGGCAGGUCGAAGCGGCGGUAG